AAAUGUGAAUUAGUCCAUGUAUUGUUUAAAUAAUUACAUUUUAUACAAAUACAUACGUUUCAGUGAAGCAUACGCUUGAAUAAACAAUCGGUUAUUUUUAAUAACAGUCCGUGUAUAUUCAGGUAGACAUUUCGAGACACCUAACCUUAGUGGGUUAGCAUUCAAAACUUCGCAAUUAUUGUUCUCGUUCCAGAACGAUGAUGUUUUAUCAAGAUUUGUUAAUUUAAUCUCAAUAUGUUAUUGUUGUAACAAUUAUAUACGGUUAAGUGAUAUUGCUAUGGAUGAUGAGUGUAAGGAGUACAGAAGAAGUAAACCACAACAAAAGCUGUAUAAACCUGGCAGUGGACCGUUGCGCCGAUCUGGUAAUGGUUUUGAUGGAAAAAUGGAUUCAUACGAAGUAGAAAACGGGGCCAGAGCUCGAAGUCACUACGGAUCUCAUAAUUCUGUUAACGAUUUAGACGUAAACGCUAGUGGCAGGGAGCACAUAAACCGCCAUAAGAAGCCUGAACAACAACUGUACGUGCCUAAGCCCAGCGAGUCGGGGUAUGAUAUGGACCGACAGACCAAGGCGCCAAUGCGGGGUGACAAUAAUUCUAGUCAGUAUAUGAAUAGAAGAAUGUCAAAUAAACAUGACAAUAAGCAUGGCUUCAAUAGUGCAUCAGGGUCUAGGGGAGGCUCCAGGAGAGAUAGAUCAUAUGCAGAGUAUCAAAACAAAGACAGUACAAAUAAUGAUAUUAAUUAUAAUAGACAUUAUAGACAGGUCUCUGAACCUAGGGCCCAGUCACCAACACAUCCAGCCCAUAAGGUGAAAAAUGUUGACAGAAACAGGGAUAGUAGAAGUAUGGAGGCAUCUGCAGGGCGGCAACUAUCAGGAUCUGGGGCUAAACCACCUACAGGCAGGCGCAACUCAGCAGGAUAUGCUACUGAUUCAUCCCGCCCUAAGUACAUGGUAAACCUAGACAACAUACCACCAAGAUUUAGGAAAAAGUUUUUAGAACAGUCCGGUCAUCAUAGUUUUGACAGUAUGGAUCAAAAAAAUAAGCAGUUUUCAAAUUAUUCCGGACAAUCUAAUUAUAAUCAGGGACCAUAUACUAACACCAACUCCAGCUGGUCCCAAACCCUACCUUCAAGAGGCCGGGGGCGCCUCAGAGACAAUGACAACUUUGACAGAGAAAAAUUCAUCAAUUCUUACUUGAAGAACUAUGAAGUACAAAAUUCAAGAAGAUCAACCCCAAGCAACUCGUAUCUGAACUUGAGUGAACCAAAUGCAAGCGAUGAUCUAAACCUUAAUGAGAGGGAAACACUGAACCAGAAAAGCUCUUAUGAUUAUACACCAAAAAAUGGAAUUAUAAAAGCAAACCAUGGAAAUACUGCCUACCAUGAGGAGAACCAGCAGCAUGAUUCUGACACACAAGAUGAUACUGAAGCUAUUUCACACAGCUCAUCAAAUCUGCUUGACAUGACAAACUUGGAUUGGACGGAGGAGGUGGAGAAGAAUAUUAAACUGGACGACAUGUGUGACACCUCCACUAGUUUCUCUCAGAACAUACAACACAACACACCACAACCAAUCACAGUGCCACAGGAAGUCAAACCUAGCGAGCCAAGGGAGUCCAAGAGAAGAUCCCGAAGAAGAGACAAGAGAAGUUCAAGUAGAGGGCAAAGAAAUUCAGAGAAAAAGGCUGAACGCAAUAGAAAGGACAGUAACGUGAGCAUUCAGCACGAAGCCGUAACGUCCAGUCUAAAGAAUCGCGACAGAGAACGGAGAGACAGUUACAAAAGUAAUCGCUCUUCCACUAUUGGUAACAGCAGGGAUGAUUUGGAUCAUUGGAGAUCUCUAAGGUCGUACAGCAGGGAACAGAGUACAGAAGGGAGGAUAGUAUCGCAGUGCAACAGCCGGGACGUGUCGGCGCACCGCGCGCUUAGCCCGAGGGACCACGAUGGCUUCCGAGUCCCUGCCGCUGUUGCGAAGAACUCUUUAUGGUCGUCGAAUAAUCAGAAAAAAGUAACAAACGGCGGCUGGGGGCACACGCGCACGCCCAGCAUCGAGCGGCGGGCGUCGCCGGCGCCGGCGGGGGUGGCGGGGGAGGCGGCGGCGGCGGGGGAGGGCGGCGGCGGGCGGCGGCGCGCCGGCAAGCGCUCGGGGCGGCGCCGCCGCAACGCGGAGAACAUCGCGCCGCCCGUGCCCCAGCCGCCCGGCGCCACGCCCGCGCCCACCACCAUCAACUGGCGGGAGGAGAUACUCGAAUCCAAGAAGCACACAGCACCUGAAAACACCCAUCAAAGGAACAGGCUUAACAGCGUCAUGUCCGACAAAUCGAUAUCGGAAACGUCCACCUCGCAGCCGGGGCUGUUAAUAUUGCCGCAAAGCUCGCAUUUACCUAAAGACCAAAGUCGCGGUGGCUCGGUUGAAAAUCAGAAAACACUGUACGAUUAUCAUAAUCCAUCCAAACCAAUUAUAGUACAAACUAGUCCAACACAAAUGAAUUCAAGAAUGGAAAGAGGGAUGUCAGAGUGCGGAGGCAGGAACGAAUCGGGUGACUUCCGCGGAGCGCGACACCGAGAGCUGCUGCAACAGGUGGACCGCGCCGACGCCGUGCUGCACGCGCGCUCGCUGCUCGGCCCCGUGGCGCUCGACCACUGGCACGAGGUCGCCGACACUAGGAUAUUUUUACAAGACGCCCUCAAGAAACUUCUAAUGUCCGAUCUCAAAUACUGCCAAGCUGAAAACGUAGAGCACAACUUUUGGAAAAUUUUGUAUUACAAUUUCAUAGAAAAAUUAAGAAGAAAUUUAACACAGGUUUCGCCAGAAGACAAACUGAAAUCAGUCAAGUUAAUAAACAUAAUUAUCGAAGAAGGAAAUGAUUAUUUCGAGAAUCUCGUUCAAUUGUUGGAGAAGACUUACAAGUUUAAUACUGACGAUUUCAUCAAUGACAACCACGUCUUGCCACCGAAAGGGCUCGGCUUCACCGGGCUAGCCUUAAUAUCUGUACAAAAACUGUAUAUUUUCUUGGGCGAUUUGACGAGAUACAAGGAGCAAAUCAAUGAGACUAAUAAUUUUGCUAAGAGUAAAUUUUGGUAUACGAAAGCUCAACAGAUCAAUCCAAAGAAUGGGCGACCAUAUAAUCAGUUAGCUAUAUUAGCGGUUUAUGCUAGGAGAAAAUUAGAUGCAGUUUACUAUUAUAUGAGAAGUUUAAUGUCGUCGAACCCGUUUGCCUCAGCAAGAGAAAGUUUGUUGUCAUUAUUUGAUGAAAAUAGGAAAAAAUACGAAGCCGCGGAAAGGAAGCGUCGGGCCGCAGCGGAAGGUGCCCAGACGACGGAAAAUGGCGACAGCACGCACGGGCCGCGGCGGGAGGUGUGGGUGCGCCCGAGCGGGCAUCGCACCACGACGGUGCAGCACGACUUGUUGGAGGAGCGACUCGCGAACAUGACUCCUGUUGAGUUAAACAAAAACUUCAUUACGAGCUACUUACACGUGCACGGCAAACUCAUCACUAAAAUUGGGAUGGAGACGUUCCACGAGAGUGCGGGCCAGAUGCUGCGCCAGUUCCGCGCGCUGCUGCACCGGCAGCCGCUGCCCACGCCGGCCGCGCGCCUCCUGCAGCUCACGGCGCUCAACAUGUUCGCCGUCGAGGCCACCGUCAACGCCAAAGGGAGCAAUGCGUCCGGGCGCUCCGCAUGGCUAGAUUGUGCGCUGGGCGUGUCCCUGCUGAUGUUCGGCGCGAUGCUGGAGCGCUGCUGCGCGUUGCUGCCGGAACCUGAGCAGUCGCAGCACCACGCGGACGCUCUGCUUCUCCUACCAGCUAUCAAGGUGUGGUCGGAUUGGAUGCUAUGCCACAGUAGCGUUUGGAAUCCACCGCCGUCCUUCGACAGUUUCGAAAUAGGAACUGAAAGUAGUCCAUGGGACUGGCUCGCUAAACUCAUGAACAUCCUCGAAGACCUCGACGAUAAGACGAUAGAGUUGGAAAGUGAAUCGAAGGAAGGUUACGUAUCGGUGCGAUUAGCCGAGGACUCGUCGCUGGCCGGCUUCACGCCGCUCAUGUACAUGGAGCCGGCGGCUGCGUGGGCGCGCGCCGACCCGCCCGCCAAGCACCACGCCGCCGAGCACGCGCUGCGCACCAGGAAACUGCUGUUCUUCGGCACAGAAUACCUGGUGGGUGUGGAGCCGCCGGUGCUGCGGCUCGAGUACCCGACGAGCGGCGCCCCGCGCUACGUCAGCGCCGUGCAGCACGCGCUCACGCACCACACCCCGCUGCAACACUUGUCUGAAGACUCUGAAGACGAGGAUAGCACGAGCGCGGCGGCGAGCGGGCCGUCCAGCCUCGCCGAGGAGGCCGCAGGGGCCGAGGGGCCGGACGAGGCCACCAGGAGGCUGCUGCGCAGGAAGGAACAGCUCGAGAACAGGAAGGCCAACUUUGAGAGGCGCCGGCAGCGUAUGCAGGAGAUGCUGCGCGUGAGUUCGGCGGUCGUGGAAGUGGAGGUGCGGCCGCGCUGGCUGGUGCCCGACACCAACUGUUUCAUCGACCACCUGCCGCUGCUGCGCGCCGUGGCCGCCGAGCCCGGCACGCCCUACCAGCUUGCCGUACCACUUAUCGUAAUGACGGAAUUGGAGGGUCUCCGCAAGUGUUCGCGCGUGGGCGCCGCCGCCGACGCGGCGCUGGCGUGGCUGGGCGGCGCGGGCGCCGGCGUGCGCUUCGCCACCAGCAAGGGCUCGCAGCUCGCCACGCGCGCCUUCACCGAGCGCGACCAGCGCGCCACCAACGACGACCGGGUGCUCGCCACCGCGCUCAACCUGCACGCUAACAUAGCUAGCGAACCAGAGAGGACAGAAGAGAGUGGAGGCCGGGUUGUGCGGGAAUUGGUACUGCUGACGGACGACCGCAACCUGCGCGUGAAGGCGCUGGCCGCCGAGCUGCCGGCGCGCGACCUGCCCUCCUUCGUCGCGUGGGCCGGACUCACACCCACGAAUUCGCCGUCAGAAGCAGAUAAUGACAAGGCUGUUAGCAGCAAGUGAAGCGCUAGGAAUACCCAACAAGAGUAACGACGGUUCAUCUCAUUAUGUGAUUGUACGUUUAGCAUGCUGCAUGCCCGACUGUCUAGCGGUUAGUCGGCCCGGAGGUCUCCGCGCGCGGAGUGACCUACCCUCCAGGGCCUUAGUGCUUAAAAGUCCAUAAAUCCGCCUCGGCGGUUCACUAAUGUGUGUCACUAUAGUAAUAGGAAUUGAUAGACUAAGUAAAAUUCGUACACCAAUAGACGUUUAUACAAAUAAUAAUACAUUUUGUUAAGGGCUCGCGAACUCACACUCGGGUUCGGAGCCAUGUUUACGUUGUUAUCAUUAUAUUCUAGUUUUAUUUCUAAGAUAUUAGGUAAAUCGUAAUUUUAGUGUUAUAUCGCUAUUAUUUUUACUUAUUUUUAAUGUAACAUAUUAAGUAUAUUUUUUAUUUUUUGUAGUUAGGAUAAUAGAAUUUAAAUAUACAUUAUCCAUUUCGAGACAAAAGAUUGUCUUGUCUUCUUUUAUUUUUAUAUUGAUUUAAUCGUGUGCCCAGUGACGAUAGCGCGACGUAAUGUUACAGUUUAUAUUUUCAUAAAAUUAAGGGUGCGUAUUAUGAGAGUAGAUACCAGUUCUAUAUCUUGCGGUUGAUAAGUUUCUCUUGGUUUUAAUAUUUACUUACUUCGACUAGAAUCAUAGCAUAGAUAAACAUAAUAUUUGCUUUCGCGUGCAAAAUUCUAUUAAACGUAUUUUUGACGAUAUUCUUUUACGAACAUGAAUUAUAGCAGUGGAUCGGAUACGCUGUGCUAUUUUUAGCAUUACAUGGACAUUUUUUAAUCGAGUAUUUGAUAAAAGUUUGUGUUUGCAAGUAUUGAAAUCAUAAGAUUUAUCAAAUCUAUCAAAUUACUUUUAACAAUUUGAAAUAAGAGAUCCGGUAUCUGAGAACGCAACCGGAUAAAUGCUAGUGCGAUAGUUUUUUGGCAAGAUUAACUUUUAAAUUACAGUGCUUAUAAGUUUCAAUUGCCUGCUUAAUGAAACAAUAUAAAACGAUUUUUUAUUGAAGCCGCUAGUUUAUCUUUCGACAAUACGAAAUCGUCAUACUCGAUAUAUGUAUUGCUAAAUUGAUGAUAAUUGAAUUUUCUAUGAAUGUUAAUUUUUAAGAUAUAUUAAUGUUAAACUAUAUCUGAAAGGUGCAGCACAGGUAUCCGACUUUAGUUUAUCAGAAUCGGAAAAUCGAGAUUUCCCGAUCUCAUAACCGAAUACGUUUUACGUAGUUAGAAAACUUGAUAACACAUUUAUAGUAGUAUGUAUUACACGUUGUAAUAUUUUAUCGGCACGUCGUGUUUUGAUGCAAAUUAGAAUUAAGAGCUGAAAGUGACAUAAAUAGACAGAUUUAUUACAAAUGCGGUAUGACCUGUUACUAACAUAAUGUACAAAAGUGACAAAUGUUAACGUUUAAUCAUAUGUUCCGUUAUCCUCUAACUAUAGUCUUAUUUGUAUUGUUGGACUCGUAUUACAUGUAGCACAUUCUACUAUCAUAUUUUUAGGUAUUUUUAUCAUUGCCACUACAAAAUUGAAAAGUUUUAUGGAGCAUGUCAUAUUUGCUCGACACUUUUACUUUUAGACAAUAUGUGUGAUAUCCUGAGUCAAUACACUGCUAACACUUUUUAGAAAAUUUAACACAAUGCUGUUUUUAUUCAAAUAAACUUUACCAUGUUUUCUUUUGUCCUAAAUCAUGAUGUUCGAAUAAAUUGAAUUACAUACUUGAA